UACGAACGCCAGACACGUCGCUGUCACCAUCGAUGCAACUGCCUGUUAGAUGCGGCACGAAACCCAGCGCGUCGUAUCGCUGAGUCCACUUGUCGAUCGUAAUCUUUGAUCAUGUACCGAAAAUACAGAACAUGUGAAUGUAAAAAAUAUCGCGUCUCUGCUCCUGGCGAAUUGAGUCACUUGAAGCGCGCAUCAUGACUUCCGCCGACGAGAUCACACCACAUGAUGAGUACCUCCUCCACAAGACAAAAAGGAUACAGAAAGUAUUAUCGCUUCUUGUCGGCCAAUUGCGUAAUGGCUGUGGGAGCACCCAAUGUAGACAGAUCUUAUGUCAUACAGGUCGCUCCAAUACCAGCAAACGGCCAACACGCAGAUACACCAUACAAGCAGCCCGAGUAAUCGCAUUUGAUGUAUACAGCUCUUCAUCCCAAGAUCUAGGGUCAAUUCUAUGUCAAUACUACGUUGCUUCCACUGAAGACGAUUCGGAAGCGCAGAGUAUUGGUCCCAGCCACGAUGUUGGUUCACUCCCACAAUCUAUAGCGACAACCCAUGCCUUCCGCCGACCAGACCUCACAAGUGCUCCUGAUCGCACAACAAAGAACGUUCAUUCCGAAGGGGCUUCUCACUGGCAUCAAAAGCUUGAUAACUUAAAAGGGCUGGAAUUAACGCAGCCACAACUUGGCGAAUCCGUUACAUCUAAUGCUGCACUGGCGGCAGUGCUCGUUCCUUGUCUGAUAUGGCUUGUCUCCAGAAUUCCGGUUCCAGAGCUUGAGGUCAUAGUCGGGGUCCACGACCGUAUCAACGGCGUCAGGACAGCGCGGCCAACCAGCGAUUCGGAGAAGCCAGGCCCUGCCAGAGAAGAGCAAAUCUCUGCUGCAUGGAAUGCGAUUGGCGACGAGGAGUUCCUCGGGCUUUUUGAACGAGUUAUCGGAGCGGUUUCGAAACGCUCUACUCUUGAAGCCUUUGUCAGAACAAAACUAAAUCUAUUCAAUCACAACCAUCACAUUGGGUCAGCGUGGAGUGUGGACAGUUUUUCAGAUAUCGAAAUCGAGCUGAGAACAGCAUUCCAAAAAAAUGCGACAUGGUCAGCGACCGAAGCAUACACAGUUCGGGUCUGGCUUGAGGUUCUGUUCUUCAAGUACUGGGACGGGAGCGCGAAUCUGGGUCAAGCGCCUCUUUGUCGCUGCAUACUCAGCAUUAUCUCAUGGGACUGGACGUCGCUUUCUUGGCCUUCAGACUUGACACCGAGCAGACGCCGCACGAUAUUCCAAAUGCCGAGGCUUGCGCUCGAAUUAGAUGAGGGUAAAGCAGCACGAGUGUGGCUUAGCAUGUCAGAACUGGAACGGAGAAAACUACACAUCUUCAGUCAUUGGACCCUCUUUGAUGGGACUCAGCGCUUGACUUAUUUUCGAAACGUGAACAUCUUGGUCAUGAGGAAAGAGAACGCAGAGUCUGUGAAAGUGUCCCGGAUGCGUUUGAAGCUUGGCUCUGCGAGCAGUAACGAUAUUCCAGAGGCUGUGACAAAUGCAGAAAGCUACUUCCUUCUUCUGAACGUGAGCCGAAAUCACAUCUUGCAAGACACCUUCGAUCAAUUGUGGCACCGCCGCCGCAGUGAGCUUCUACGUCCUUUGCGUGUACGGCUCGGCGAAAUUGACGAGCUAGACUACGCGACCGAUAUGGGAGGCGUCCAAGUUGAGUUUUUCAACCUGGUCUUCAAGGAAAUAAUGGAAAAUUCCCAGAUGUUUGUGGCAAACGAAGCCUCGGGUACAUACUGGGUCCGGGCAGGCAGCUUGCAGCCGCUACACAUGUACGAAAUGGUUGGCAUCCUCAUCGGCAUGGCUAUGUAUAACGGAAUCACGAUUCCUAUAGACCUUCCCACAUUCUUUUACGGCGACCUCCUUCACGAGAGAGGGGACCCCCUUGAGGCUUGCAGAGAGAUCUGGCCGGACGUCGUGGCUGGGCUGGAGAAGCUGACCGAUGAUGUCCUCGAUGGAAUGGACUUCAUUUUCCCGAUGGAAGCAAACGGACUUCGGCUGGACGUGUCGUACAAAGGAAGAACGAGGGGAGAAUUGAUCGAAGCUUUACAUGUUCAUAGUAUCACGCCAAUCGGGUCCCUCUCAGCACAUAGCUCCGCUUCGAGCGAGACGAAUCUGACGGUCGAAUCCCUCGGCCUUCGCAACGCCUGGCCAGGAUGGAAGCUUGUUGAUGCCGAAGAUCCUCCUGAGCCGCUCACGCCAGAGAACAAACAGGACUUUCAAACCCGCUACUGUCACUGGCUACAAUUUGGUGCCGCACAACCACAACACUACGCCUUAAAGCAAGGUAUCAGACAAGUAUUCAACCGCGAAGAUGAAGCUUUGCACGUCCUCGCGCCAUCCGGCACUUUGAAGGAGCUCGUAGAAGGCUCCCGAUAUCUGGAUAUCGCUGCCCUCCGCGCCGCGACCAAAUAUGAACGCUACGAGCCCGAGGAAGAAUAUAUCAAUUGGUUCUGGGAGAUUGUGAUGGCGUGGCCGCAGGAGAAACAGAAGAAGCUGUUGCAAUUUGUCACUGCUCUGGAGAAGAUUCCUUUUGGUGGAGAGAAAUUCGUGAAAUUUGUCAUUGAUGAGAGAUGGUAUUAUGACCAGGAGGAAGGCAAAGAGAACCUCCCCACAGCUUCGACGUGUUUUGGAACGUUGGGUUUGCCAAGAUACCCGAACAAGGAGACGUUGAGAGCGAAGUUGGACAUGGCGAUUGAUUACGCUCACCAAGGUUUUGGAAAUGGUUGAAGAGUGGGAUCUUCUAUAUGUUUGUACGCAGCCUUUGGUCAUACUUUUACCGUAUAAUCAAGGGAGUAUCUGAAAGUGCAAAUGCUCUCCAACAAGAUCUGGGCCUGGCCUGCAUCGUCGUGUUGAGAGAAGCAAGCGGCGACCCGAACGAUACGGCAGGGCUAUGUAUCAUGUACCAGUCUUCCACCCAUGC